GGAGAGCGGAUAUAGUGAAUGCGGGGUCCGGGGAGAGCGGAUAUAGUGAAUGCAGGGUCCGGGGAGAGCGGAUAUAGUGAAUGCGGGGUCCGGGAGAGAGGUGGAUAUAGUGAAUGCGGGGUCCGGGGAGAGCGGACAUAGUGAAUGCGGGGUCCGGGGAGGCGGAUAUAGUGAAUGCGGGGGUCCGGGGAGAGCGGGACAUAGUGAAUGCGGGGUCCGGGGAGAGCAGAUAUAGUGAAUGCAGGGUCCGGGGAGGGUGGAUAUAGUGAAUGCGGGUCCGGGGAGAGCUGAUAGCUCAGUGUUACAGAGGAGUUCUGGUUACAAAAGAGUGACUGAACUUCCACAAGACAUUGUGAAU